GGUAAAACUUUGCACAAACAUGUUUUUUCGGGCACUUGGUCAUGCGCAUUCGUUGUGGAAACAUUAAGUAAAAAGUUUUUCGUAGCUCUUCCAGUUUCGGACACAUCGUGGUUUGUACGUCGAUCGCCUCGAUAAAGCGGAACUAUGUAAGUUUAUCUUUAUCACAAUUUUUUAUUUAGUUAUAAGUAGUUUUGAUUUAGUAGUUUUGAUUUGUCCUCAGCUAAUUCGCAUGACAUGUACAAGAUUUUAUCUGUUUCACGUUCCGUGCAUGCGAGAGUUACAUAUUCAAAGUUUACAUACAUGUAGAUUAAUUGUUACCAUAGUACAUCGUAUGUCUUGUUUUAGCAUGUAUUUUUAAUUUAGUUUCUUAUUGUCUAGGCCUUAUAUAUUAAUUUGUCUAAAACCUGUUUUCUUGUUAAGGAAUGUCCGGAAUGUAGUGCAUGAAUUUAUGUUUCAUUUGUUAUUUCAGUUUAAGACAACUAUAAAUCGGAUUCUGACAACCUAUUUGUAGCAACCUAUUUGUGUAACCAUUCGACAAUUUCUGUUGACCAUUUGAACAUUUGUAUCGUUUGUAUAAAGAAUAUUAGUUGCCUGUAAAUAUACAACGCGUCGAGACGUAAGCAAAUUGUCACCGUCUUGAGUCCUCGAGCUAGUAGCCUGCGUACCUGGCGGUUGAGGCGCGGACAGCGAAAAUUAGGGAGGUGAGGCGCGCGAAUUCGAAAGGCGAACACGCGGGCGAGAAAAACAUUUUUUAAACGUUUUUUUUUAACCACGGUGGUUUAAACCAUUAGCUGGCAAUGCGCCCUUCCCUUGUCCAACGCCAGAAGAUUUUACUCGUCAGUGGUAUAGCCGUAUAAGGUACUGCCAGUAAAUGGGUUAACAAACCUAUCUGCCAAUGGCCCUUGUUAAUUCAUCAACACAGUAAUGGCCCCUACUUUAGUAUUUACCCUGUCCAACACCAGACGAUUUUUAAUACUCAGUCAGUUCAUGGUAGGGUACUGUCAAUAAAUGGGUUAACAAGGAUAACAAUAAUAGGAUGUUUCUGAAGGACUCGUUCAACACCCUGUAGUUUGUCUUUUGCUGUCAAAGGCAGCAUUAUUUACUGCCCUGUGGGUAACCUAGUAUACUGUUUAGUUGCUACUUGGAAAAUGGGAUCCCGAAAAUAAGCUAAAUGCACAUGCAGAUUUUAUGAGUAAAUCAGAAAUUCAAAUAAGCCAGAUUAGCUUUGAGUUGUGUGGAUUUUGUACUCUUUUGUAUAAAGGUUUGGAAUAAUUGAAUUUUUCGAGAUAUUUUAGUGAUAACAAUUGAAAAAUUUAAGCAUUACAAAAUUAUAAUAUAGCCACAGUAGUCUAGCACGAGUAGGUUUGAUACACAGCAAAACUAUGCUGUUUGGAACUUUCCAUGUCAUUGACAAGAUGAUACCUGCUUUUGCAUGACGCUUUUUUCUUUAGUUUCUCUAACUUUACUUCUGCUCGAAACCCAUCAUCCGGAACGCACCCGUAAGCACAUCGCAACCCACACGGAACCACCCGGAAGCAAUGACUAUCUUGUCAUAUAUAGGGAAAACCGAAAUAGCUUUCUUUUUUUAGCCUCGACAAACUAGAGGUAAUGAUAAAACUAGCAAUCCAAAUUUGUAGUAGAAAGCUAAGGCCAUAGUAAACCUGACAACAUCAGAAUAACUCAAUGAAUGUGUUAGCGUCUAUGUAUAGGUUAAACACCGAGAACGGAGGCUUUUUGUGCUUGUUGGACGUAGAAUCUGGUUGAACAUGCGCACUUUAAAUGCUUUAUUGCGAACGAGCAUGCGCAUUUUGCCAUUUUAUCAUUCAACGUCCCACAAGUGAAACAGCAAUUGUUUUUGUAUAAAUUUGCUGAGUGUAUGCGUGUUAGAACUUUGGUUGUUGUCGAGCUAAUCCUUACGCAUCGGAUGAUAGAUUUUUGACGGGCCUUAGGAUAUUGGCUGGUAGUUUCUUUCUCAUCUGAUCGAAGACGGUACAGCGUUUAUCUAGACGAGAAGGAGAUUAGGGGCUUGAGUUUGUAGUUUCCCCUUAGUAGGCAAUUAUAAACCCAUGCACUAAACCCAAAUCGGGGUAAAUACGGGGCAAAAUCACCGCGGUACAUCAAACAAAACUGAGCCAACCGUGAACCGUGCUAUAAAAUUUGUUAAAAACCACAUAUUCUCAUGAUCAAGCCAAUAGGUCCUGAACUAUUUUUAACAGGGUUCUGGGGGUGUUCCGGCAAAAUUUUAUUAGAUAUGUUGUAGGAGUAUACAGUAAAAAUUAAUCGUAAAACCUCGAAUAAGACAGGAAAUGAUGAUAACGAUAUAGCGCCUUGCCACAAUACCUUGCGAGUUGCGAAGGACAUCGAACGUAUACAAAAGCGUGUAAUGAGAAUAAUAUACCCGGAUGUGAUUUAUAAUGAUGCUCUUAUCAAUGCUGAUAUUUCCACCGUUGAAAAUAGGCGAGAGUAUCUAUCCUGCAAAAUUUUUGAUAAUAUUGUAUCAAACGAUGACACAAGCUUGCCAAACUCCUCCCAUCAAAAGCAGCCAAUAGAGAUCUGCGAAAAGAAAGAACCUCUGAAGUCCCAGUAUCAAACAGAAACCGCUUUGAGAAUAGUUUUAUUAUCCAUUGUGCGAAAAACACUAUAAAAAACACUCUCUCUGAAAACUGUUAAACAAAUUUUAACUUUUUUAACAUUAAGUUUUACAUAAUAUAAUACUUAAAAUAUAGUUUUAAUGAUAAAUCGUUCUUAGAAAUUUUUAUGCCAAUUCUAGUAGACAUUGUAUAUUAAUAUCAGCUCAGUUUCAUAAUCUUGUAAACUAGUAACUACGCAUGUAAUUCAGUCUUUUGACUGCAAGAUGUUUCAAUAAACUAUUUAUCUAUUUAUCCAUCUAUCCAUCCAUCUAUCUAUCUAUACUUCAGGCAGGGCCGUGGCCAGACUCGAUAAUUGGGGGGGGGGGUAUAUUCAUAUAUUUAUGUUCACAUACCGUAACAACAAUCGCUUUCAAAAGAAAUCCGUCGGGCAGAGCACGAAUAUAUGAAUAUGCACCCCCCCAAUUAUCGGUCUAUCUACGGCCCUGAAAAACUAGAUAGCACUCAAACGUCGAUAAAACGUCCUCUGUGAAAAACUAGAUAGCAGUCAAAGAAUGCAUACUUCCGCCAGCGAUCAUGCAUGCAUCGAGCUUGCAUCGAGCAUGCAUGCAUCCGAUGUAUCAUGCACAAAUGAGCUAAUUAAGCAUUCAGUUUACUCUGCCAAUAAAGCAAGACAAACGUUCGCUACUAAUUAGCCUUUCUCACGAUGACGAAUAUCCGCCAUUUUUGGGUGGCAUCGAAUUGUCGUUAACCAAUGCAGACAAUUAAAACAAUGUGAAAAGCAAUUUUUCAAAAUAAACUAACCAUUUAGAAAGCAAAUUGACCAUCAUUCGUCCAAAAAAUUAUAAAAAGUCGCUGUUAUGUGGACUUAUCUCACAGACUUCGGCUGAAAUGCCACUCAAAAAUGGCGGCGUGAGAAAGGCUAAUUGCUAUUCAAUUUUCAUCCAAAUUGAAUAAAAAUCUAAUCGAUUUGUCCUAUAGUCCCACAAAUUUUCGUGUUAAACAGACAAACACACAGAAAAAAGAAAGCUUUCACUCCUUGGAGUGCUGAAGUUGGAUGUGAGCGUAAUUAGCCUUUCUCAUGAUGACGAAUAUCCGCCAUUUUUGGGUGGCAUCGAUCUAAUUCUCGUUAACCAAUGCAGACAAUUAAAACCGCCAAUGUGAAAAGCAAUUUUUCAAUAUAAACUAACCAUUUACAAAGCAAAUUUACCAUCAUUUGUCAAAAAUAUUAUAAAAAGUCGCUGUUAUGUGGACUUACAGUAUCUCGCAGACUUCGGCUGAAAAGCCACCCAAAAAUGGCGGCGUGAGAAAUGCUAAUUGGCAAGAAGUUCACCAAUUGUGAAGCAUGUUUCCGAGGCGAUAACUGAUCAUAAAGAGUGCUUACUUCUGCCUGCCAUGAUUAUUAACAUUAACUUAAUUGUAAUUUUAGAAAUUUGUAAGUAGCAAUUUUUAUUUGUUAAAAUUCUAGGAUACCCACCUUUUAUGGUCAAUAUCCUUUUGGAUAAAACUCGGAUAUGACUUAUGAAGGCAUGAAAACGUUUUUUUAACCACAUCUGAGUUUUAUCCUGUUGGAUAAAACGCAGAUAUGACUUAUAAAGGCAUAAAAUACGGUUUUUGUAACUAUAUAAAACCGGAUAAAAGAUAUUGAGAGGAUAAAAUGCGGAUAUAGUUCAACAAACCUUUCUCAUGACUUAUAAAGGCACGAAAAGUGUUUUGUAAACUAUAUCCGCGAUUUGUCCUUUUAGAUAAAACGAUGAUAUGACUGUUAAAUGACGUUUAAUGAGAACAUAAAUCAUCCGUCUGUCCGUCCGUCCAUCCGUUCAUCCGUCCGUCCGCCGUCUGUAUCCGCGUUUUAUCCCAACCUGAGAGUGCGUGAGAAUUGGUAGUCGCGCGACCUUGGUUAGCUGUUGUUAAUGCUUUCCAACGCUAUAUAUUCUACUCAAGUUAAAACGUAGUUGGAACACUCAUCAAACCCAUAUUUCGUUAAUUUAGAGCGUGAAAUCGGUCCCCAGUAACAAUGCGUGACUGCCAACUCUCAUAGUCUUCGUUUGACCGGGGCUAAAAUUAAAGUCCUUCAAGGUGAUUCGGUUCAAGAUCAAAGAGAACUACACAUUAAGGAUGCUAUCCAAAGAAUGUUACAAUACUCUUGAUAGAAAUUAUUUUUUAUUCUUCCUAAACUAGAUUUUAAUAACAGUAGACACUGAUUAGAGAACAUUUAAAGUUUAUGAGUUCGCGGCAAGCAGGUAUAUCAGUCAUGUUUUCACUCUCUAUUGGCAGAUGACGUCAUCCCAUAGAUAUAUAAGAAGCCACGUUGUGAUUUCAGAUCUCCCCUGAUGCAACUGUGCCUGAUGAAAGCACUAGACUGGAGCGUUGAAAUGUUGCGUCGUGAAUGCAAUUCGACUGGCCUGGACUUUGCAUUCAUUUUUAAAUACCAGAGUAGCGAGCGAAAACAUAGAUAACAUUUGUUUGUUGUUCGUAAAAAAUUGAUUGAAAUUAUAUUGAACUUGUAUUUUGCGAAUGCAUGAAGUACUCGGUUGCAAAGACGCAAGCGACUUGCCGACUGGUAUAUUGUAUACUUCUCGAACCGCGCAUUAUUUCCUAUGUACGUAUAUUUACCUUCGAAAACGUUUCUACGCGUUUCUGCUUAAUAUGAACACUCUUAUAAUUCCUGCCGAAAUGACGUAUUGUGGUAUUUGAUUUUGGCACACGUUCAGCUAUUUUAAGUUGGUUUAAGAACAUGAUCUUGACUUUAAAUUGGUUUUGGCAAAGCUCUUGCAUAGAUUGUUAAUCCUUAGUUAGCACUUAACCCUGGGAAAAUUAUAAUUUAUGAUUUAUGAACAGGUAUAGUUAAAAAAUAAUAUCGUUAUACACACUAAUUCACUGCACUGUCAUGGUUUUUAAGUUGUGGGAACCACUGAGUAUUUUUAUCAAAUACAAAGCAAUAGUCAACCAUAUAAUCUUCAAAAUUGUGCAAUCAACAUUUUAUCAUUUCCUGAUGAUCACCAAGAUUUAGUCGAAACGUCGAUUAAACAAUUUUAAGAAUGUUUACCGUUUUCGGAGUGAUCAAUGUUUUCUUGUGAUUGAGGCAAACUAUAGUAUUAUAUAGGUCCAUCGCCACGAAGGAAUUGACCUGAAGGGAAUUGUCCUGAAGGAAAUUUCAAAUCCCAUUUAUGCCAUUAAUAUCAUUAGAUCGUACCCAUAUUAGCGACUGUAUACAGUAUAUAGUUUGUUAAUAAAUUGGCUCAGAUUUUAACUUCUAUACCCCAUAUUGGCGACUGUCAACAAUAUAGUCUGUUAAUAAUUGGCUCAGAUUUUAAGUUCUUUAAGGGGAAUCUGAAUAAUUUAUUCGCAGCUGAAACCUAUAGUCUGACUCCCGAUCAGGGUCACUGCAUAUCAUUGCCAAUUCCCAUUACAAAUGGCUAAAUCCCAUUUUCCAGUGAAGAAAAAAUAGCACCUAUUUUACCCCUACACGACCUUCUCAGAACUUCGACGAAAUCUCAAAUUCAUAAGUGAAUUAGUCGGACGUUACUAAAAAAAAUAAAGUAUGAAUCUCUUCAUCAGCAGACAUGAGAAUCUGUAGUGUUGACUUGUAUUGGUCAAUUGGUCAGCGGCAAUGCAAGCCGUUGAGAGUGAUGCAGAUAUAAACAAACAGCAAUACAUGGUGGGCCACAAAAUCAUGCUUUGGCGGCUACAAAGGCCAAACUCGGAAGGGAAGAGUUAAUAAUUCGGAUACUUGCUGUUUGUUACCAAAGGAAAACUUAUGAAUGGGUCAAUAACGUCGCUGUUUUCAUGCGCUGAACAUGCAUAGUAAUUCAAUUUCGAUACGACACUGGAGCGACGUUGGAGCGGGGUCAAAUCAAACGUCGAACUCAAUAUGUCGCUCACAAUGCAAAUCAUGGAUUAAAAUAAAUAUAUAUUUAAAAAUAUGAAAAUAAAUGACAUAUAACAUAGAUUAAUUAAAAUAAUUUAUGCAUAGGUUCGGCACUAGGAGAGCGACGUUUAAAUUGGUGUCGCCCCAGAGUCACAUAGUGCAACAAGACCUGUCGCUCCACCGUCCCUCCAAAUGCCUCUGUCACCGACUUUUUAAUAUAACCCUCGACUUUUUUAUAUGACCCUCGACAUUGGACCCUCGACAUUGGACCCUCGACACUCGAUUCUCGACAAAAACCUAAACUCUGUCGCACCUAAUCCAUUCUGUCGAACUUAAUUAACCUAAUCAAACGUCGUCGCUCUUGUAGAGUCUUGACUCUUGUGUAGCACUUCAUACAGUUAUUAGGUUCAGCACAUGAGAAGGACGACGUUUGAUCCGGGCCAAUAGGCUUUUGUUCAGCAGAUAUGUAUAUUGAUCGUGAAGUAUUCAAUUAUUGUAUGUUGCCAAUGUAGUUGCCAAAAAUUUGCAUGCCAAAAUAAUAUAAUGUAAUAAAAUUUCACACAUUUCACACAUGAAAUCAGCCGGGUCACAUAUUCUUUCACAUACGAAAGUAAUGGUUCAUAUUUUGUGAAUAUGGAAAAGUUCACAUGGACUUGGACUUGGAAAAGUUCACACGUAUUAAAUAAGACAUUUGUGAAAUUUUUGUAAUACCAUGCACGUGGAAGUAUUUACUCUGUAGUCUGGUUCACACCAUACGCGUGAAAUACUGUAAGCACAAGCAUUUUAUACGCCCGUUUUUACUUGCAAGAAUUUUUGCUGCAAUAUCUAGGGCAAUUUGCUUCUUCUGAUGCACGUGAACGAGUAGAACAGUUAUGAAUUAAUAUUCUGAGUAAGGGACCGGUCAUUAUUUAUGGUGGGGGGUGGCACCGAAGAGAAAUGUUUUUCUUGGCAAAAAUUUUGCUGACCCAACCAUUAAAAAGACAAAAAUUUGAUUACCCAACCUCAAAUAUCAAUUAAAAAAUAAUUACCCACCCUGGCCAAAAACGUUACAAAAAGAUACCAUUGAAUUGUCACACAUGUCGUUUACCACUUCUGUGACAUGAGUUUGAUAACGGCUUGUGAACUUUUCUGCAGUCUAAAGUUUCAUGUUGUCUGCACAUGUACUUUCUUUGGAAACACCAUUUCUUUUGUCAAAAUGAUCAAGAUAGUGACUCUGAUUGAUUCAUAUAUUGUAUUGACAAAUGACUGUUGACAUUGCUUUUCAGUCAACAAUAUUUUGACAGUGAGUCACAUUUUUGAAAUGACAAUAAAUUUUUAUUACCCAACCCUUGAGUUGUUUUGUUUUUCAUUUACCCAACCUUUUACUUACUCAAAAUUUUGUUUACCCAACCUUUUUCUCUUCGGUGCAACCCCCCACCAUAAAUAAUGACUGGUCCCUAAGGGUGACAAAACUCAUUCACUAGUUCCCAUCCAUCAGAAGAAGAACAUCGCACGUAACACUAUGCAAAAUGAAAAAUAAACCGUUAUUAACAUGCUGUUAUGUCUGGGAUAUAAACUUCGACAUAAACACAAGUAUUAGAAUAUGCCUCAAUCAUAACGUUAGGCGAAACAAAAAUCAUUUAUAAAUAAGUAUAUUUAAGGCAGGCCUCUCAGUGAUUUUUAAUCAUCCCUAGCCAAAUCAUUGGAAUUCGAUCCGAAAUAUCUGUUCCACUGCAUAUAGUCUGUUAAUUGGCACAGAUUAAGGUUCUAUAUUACUAUACGAUAUCGCAUCGUUGAUAAAUAUGCGUUAAAAUGUAAACAUGGCCACCUAGCAAUUAAAUUGCUCGAUCAAUUUUAAUAACGGGGUAUUAGGAUAAUUACGGAAGUCGGGCGCGUUUGAAAAAUGAUUUGUCGGAACCUUAGCGACUUAAGGAAAUGCAAUGUAUUGCUCAAUUCCUAAUUUGAUAAAGGGUUUAAAUACUUUAAUUGGUUGCACUCGAGUUAUAGUAAUGAUCAGAUGAUUGCCAAACUGGCCCCCAUUCGACAGUGCACGUGAAACUAAACUGAAGCCAAGUUAAUUUUACAUAAUUAACUAGUAUAUGUUGCGAGUUGAGGCAACUGGUCAUGCUAUGCUAUUAAACCUCAUGCAUCUAAAUAGGUUAAAGACAAUACAUUUCAGUAGAGGUUUCAAUAAUGCAAUUCAUUAAAAAUUUGCAUCGCAUGACUCGUUAGUAUAUUAACUAGUAUAUUAACUUUUAAGUUAAGUGAAAGCUUUUGCUCUAUUGAAUAAAAAAGGAAUUUUACCAAAUAUAUAUGUAUAUUCUAUACUACCUGUCUUUAAUUUGAAGGAAUUUCUGUCAAAGAAAAUUUGAAGGAAUUUUUUUGAAAGAAGAAGAUCGGUUGAAUUUAAUUUAUUGUACCACCUAAAAAUCCAUGCGGUAUGUUUCCUAUAGUAACUACUCAGUUCAGAUUGUCUAAUUACAAAUAGAAUAGUUAAUCGGUUCUUACUUAACGUAGCUCGACAUAAUAGUUUUUUCAUUAGUAUUUUUGUUAAUCUGUGCAUGAAGUUUCAGUAGCUUCGACUAUCUCAGUGAUUCAAUUUCCAUGGAUUUAUGUGAUUUAUUUAUGAUUCUUUUUCCAUGGAUUUAUUAUUUUGGAAACCAAAAGCGGGGCAGAGUCGCAGAGAUAUCCCUAGAAAUUUCUCGCAGUUAACUGAAUAGGUAUAUCCCGCCGCGGUAUUUUAUAGCCCAAUUAAAUAUAUUAGUAGAUUAUCAUCCGGUUUGUUUUGGGGAAGAAACACCCGCGGUGUUAUUACUUUUACAUAACUGGAUGAACAUUAAGCCAUCACCAUGUAAACGUGCAAUAACCAAGAAAAAACUGUUUUUACAUCCCCAUGCCGAUGAAAAAAGGCAAAAGCUAUAUAGUCGUGCAUGUGAAAAAAGCUAGUCGUGCCAGUUUUGAAUGAGGGAAACUUAUUCCACUUGUUCGUGUGUUCGAGUGAUUUGAAAAAAAAUCCUCGGCUGUACUGGAAUUUAAAUCUGAUAGAUUUAUCACUUUUAGCUAUGGAAUGAGGAAAUUAAUUAAGUUUAAUAUUUUCCGCCUGUAAGAAGCGAAAUUUCUGUUGCUUCGUGACACUAAACCAAUAAGACUUUCCCGCAUGUUAAAUUGUUUAGCUAUGAAUUAUAACUUUAGAAAGCUUUUCGAUGAACAAUGAGACGGGAAAAAGGUGAAAAAAGAGGGGGGAAAAUCAAAUAAAAUUGUGCAAUAAUAGAUAAUGAAUAAUGAAGAGAGAAUAUUAGGCCUUCGUUCUGAGCUCAAUUAUCCACAAAUAACCUUAAAAUAACCUUAAACCUAAAUAUCCUUAUAAUAUCCCCAAAUAUCUUCUAAUAUCCCUCUAAAAUUGCCGAAUGUCUAGCCACUUCGAAAAUAUGCCAUCUUGCAAGGAAAUUCAUAGAAAUGUAAAAAAUUUACUCGUCAUGAAGAAACUAUUUCCAGUUAGGUCAACGGAAAGGUUUUAAUAUUUGUCAGCAAUAUCAUACAGUCUAGAGUUUAUUUAGCUAUUGCUAGACAUAAGAAUCCAGUGCUUUACCUAAUUUGUUUAAGAGAUAUACAAACAUGUCAGUUUGUGGAUUAUGUGCAUGGGAACGUUUUAAAAGCUUUUCAUAUAUUGCUUAGUUAUAGAAAUAUUUGACCGGAAUCAGCAUAAUACAGCAAGUUGUCAGCCAUCUUGGAUUAUUGUGGUUAGCACUACAAGUAUACAGACGUUUCGCACCCAAAAUUUGACAUAUUUGAAAUAUCUAUUGAUUGCUAUUUGGUCAGCUAGAACUAAGUUUAGUCGUUCUAAGAACUAAAUCUAGUAAGGUUAACCCUGCUUUUGACGUCAGCAGAACCAUCCGUUAAUUAAUGAUAUCAAUGAUACAGUCAAAAUACUUCAACAAUUAAGCACGAUGUAGUGAAAUAUCACAAGUUCUAUGUAUAGUUUUAAUAGAUAUGCGUAUAAAACAAAUUGUACUUGUAUAUAUAUGAUGAAACUACCUUAAAAUCAAGACCAUAUGUCCAUAUUUCGACGUUUCGAGCCAACAAGGCUCUUGGUCUAGAAUUUGUGCUUGUAUUCUUCGCUGCCUGCACUGGUACCCAACGUUCAAUAUAAAACCGAUUAACUGUCCUUCACGCCAGACGGUUUUACUUGUCACUGGAAGAGUCCUCGAACCAGAAAGAGGUUUACUGUUGAACUUAAUAACUCCUUAACCCUUAUCCUGGGAUGAGAGCGUUAGUGUUUUAAUCUGUCUUACAAGCUAGACUCUCUUAAUAUUUAGAAAUGUGUACUUCUCUUUACUGUGUUCAAUCGUUAUUUCUCGCACGUAUAUUACCGUAUUUUAAUCUUACAUAAUACAACUGUUGAAUGUAUGCAGUGCCAAUAAUAACAAAAUUUGGUCGACAGGGAUGCUACCUGAAAAUACAAGGAGAAAUAAUUGUAUUUUUGUAUUUUUCAGCUAGAUGCAUCCCUAUAUCAACCAAGUUAUAAUAUGUCUUUACCUGAUGGACUUAAUGGCGGGCUCAUUACAUAACAGUAUGAACCGUUACUCUUUUAAUUAAAUUAAACAAAUAAAGUUAAUUUAGGAACACAAUACUCAAAACCAGCGAUAAUGCGGAAUAGCCUAUGCCAAGACCAACAACUAUGCUGUACUACAUUAUUUGUACGGCAGAUUGAUUUCCCAAAUCUGAUGAUAUUUAAGCUUAAAAAAUUAAUUAAUAAUUCACGAGGAAAAUACAAAAGAAAUGAAUGUUUAAUCAAUGUUUGUAAAUCGGAGCUUUGAUUUUCUCGGCUUAGACAAUGUUUAUUUUUAAAAUUACUUCGCCAAUGAACUCAUAAAAUGGGUCGUUUUUUAAGUACGAUAAAACAUUCGCGUCCGAUCUGUAUCUGAUCUCCUUCGGCUCGAAUUUGUAUAUCAGAUACAGAUCGCCUACUCAUGUUUUAUCUAGUAUGUAUAAUUCAAGAAGUGUUCUGUACAGUAGCGUAGCCAGCCCAACGAUUUAGUUCCGCUGUGCAAAUUUAAACUAAUUAUCGUUAUUCAUUUCUUUAGAAAUUUAUUGUGUUUAUAGUUUAUAAACAUGGCAAUAUUUGCAUAGCGAGACUAGAUCGUCGGGCUGGCUACGCCACUGGUUUUAUAUACAAUACAUUUAGCUUAAAUAAUUAAAUAAUGACUGGGCUUAAAUAAAGACUGGGAGUGGUGUCUUAACUGAACGGGAGGAAUGUUCCAUUUUUUUUUAUGUCUGGGGCCAGUUGCAUGCACGUAAGCCGGAUAGCUUGAUCAUUAAUAAAUUAAACCUUUGUGAAAUGCCGCCUAGAUAUAUGUGAAAUUAACAAUAUAGAACCCGCAUGCAUGAAUAUUAUGAAAAAAUUUAAAAUAAGAUCAAAUUUUAUACCGUGAAGUUAUACCAAUCGUCGACAAAUUUUAGAAAAAAUUGGAAUCCGCUAGAUAGCGCCUUGCCCCGAUGUAUGUGACCGUAUUUGCACUCUAUGACGGAGAAAUUUUUGGUGGUGAAACGAUGAUGUGACAAAACAUGCACUUAUUGCUAAUUUACAGCACAUUAUAAGCUGCAUGGCAGACAUUCCACAGGAUGACUACACUUUAGAAUCUCAAGUGUUGUCCUCUUCGCUACACAAGUGCCUCACGCCAUUGCUGAAUUUUAAUGAGACGUGGGCGGCAACAUGUUCGGGUUUAAAAGGAACUGCCGCAGUCUCCUCAAAAGCAUAUCAGAACAAAGACGAACGAAGAGAACGGAUAUUUAGUUAUACCACAUUGGUCAACUUGAAAGGUUUAUCUUUUAAAGACAGUUUAUCUUGUUAAAGUAAGUUACAUUGUGAUAUUCGAUCAUUAUUAAUAAGUGUAAGUUUCAGACUAAAACGCAGUAGAGUUUUAUUCUUUUUAGUAUAAUAUUGUCUUUAUAAUUCAAAGUGUCAUCGAAAUAUUAAGUCAAACGGAUACUACAAAGACACUUUCUCUACCGUAUUAUUCUCAAUGUACGAGCAUUUUUAUUUUUGCUUGCAAUUUUCAUACAAAUUCGAUGGUAUAAUUGUUUGAUAGCCUAUAUACGAUUUAUAUAAAUGGUUAAUUAAAUGGUUAAAGAUAAUGUAAGCGCAAGCAGGUUUGAACGAGCCCCCGUUCCCUCCUAAACCCUGACAAAGUAGUUUAUCAAAAACGUAGUUUAAAAUAAUUCAGCUAUACAUCUAAAACUCUAUAUAUCUAUGGUAAGCCGGAUGUUAUCCAAUACCCUGAGGGGAAUAUAUACUAUCGCAACUCCUAAAACAUGGCAUAUAUUGAAGCCUUAUUAAUUAAAGACGGUUUUAAGGCUUGUGGAGCUGAAAUUUUAAAUAUUUUUUAAACAAAUAACUUUUUGUUCAUUAAAACAAACUUUCACUUACAAGGUCAUCAAACGACCGUAUAAAUAUUAUAAUUCGCGCUAGUGAAUUUUUUCGGCAAUUCAUAUAUACAAGACGGGAUGUUUACUUGUGAGUUUGCAGUAUCAUGCAUAGCACGUAUACCUUGUUAUAUUUUUCACGUAGUUUGAUCCAAUUCCUCAUGUAUUAUUGCUCAUUCGGAGGAUGAGGCGGAAUUAUCGAGCGAAAAAAUCCACAUUCCCAAGGGUGAUUUACAUAGGAUUUUUAGAAAUAUGGGAUGGAUCCAUCACAUGGCCAUAAAGUAUGAUCAAUGCCUUUUCUAUAUGCGCCCUUACUAUAUUCUAUGUACAGAACCACGCCCUAAAUAAAGGAUAGUUGCUCUUAGUUUUGAUUCCUUAUUUAUAUAUAUAUAUAUGGGCGUACUUAGGCCUACCACUCCUCUAUAAUUAGUUAUGCAUGACCGUACGAGCGGAAGUAACAAAUAGAGGAAGCCCAGGUUUUUACAUCUUUUUACAAGCUAGUUUGCUUAGUUAAACGAAGUGAUGGAUUUUUAAAGCGAUAGCGUGCACAAUUUGAAUUUUUUAGAUUUUGGAUAUAUUGACAGCAAACAGCACAUAGCUAUUAUAGUAUUAAUUACUAUAUUGGAUUGUUUGAUAUAGUGUUUAAUUAAUAACUAAUUAUAUUGGUAACUUGACGUCCUUGGUUAAGGUUGCGAUGACAACUGUCCAAAAAUGCACGAAAGCACAACUUAUUGUUUCCAUACCAUUUGCUCUAUCCUUGUGAUAGCGAGCAUUCUCUAAUAAAUAUAACAUAAAUUUUCAAUUUUAUGCCAUCUCAGUCCGGGUUUAAAUGUCGGAUUUAAGGAUUAAUUUUAGGUCAGGUACGUAUGAUAUUCCUGGACGUAUGUGAACAGGGAAAAGCUGUUUCGGGUCAAAAAUAUCUUUAUAUGCACUUCGAAACUAGUAUAUGAACGUAUAUAUACUAUCGCAUGUUAAUAUAAAAUUUAAGAGAAAAAUAUUCUUAGUACAGUUAGCUAUACAAUUAGUAAUUAAUUAUGAGCUUGUAUAAGAUAAUUAGUAUCGGUAACCAUGUGAUGGCGAGUAUAAUUCAGGAUCAGUGGUGAAGCUAGCCAUAGCAACAGGUCAUGCUACGUAAAUUGUUAAUGAUUUGCAUUAUUGUAACCUUUAGAAAUGUAUUUUCUUUAACCUAACAAGAUGCAGGUUUAUUAGCAUAGCAUGACCAGUUGUCAUGGAUAGCUUCGCCACUGUUCUGGAUUAACAUGCAGUACAACUGUACGAGUGCUGUUUAAAAUUUUGCGAAAAAUUGCACGAGCCUUUCGGGGUGAGUUAUUUGCAUGCAUGAUAAAAUGACGAGUUUCCUCACCCAUGCCAUUCAAAAUGGGUAUAUGCACUGUACUGUUCUUUACUUGCUUCUUUUACUGUUCUUUACUUGGUUUUUUACUGCGCUCAUUUUUGUUCCAUUACUGCGUGUGUUCAUAUUUGUUCCCAAAUUCCAUUCCGGAGCUCAACCAAUCAACCCUUCCGGAAAGUACGUCACCUCGGCCAUGACGUGGCUUUAACUAAUGUCACGUGCACGAGAACGAGGCCGUCUAAUGCUCAAUAGCCAAAGUGACGUAUUGUGAAGCAUGUAUAUAGGUAUACAAAGUUGUAUGAUUCGAUUCACCCGCACAUUUAUCUCGACAUAAAACGCGUCAUUUUGAAUCAACAGCGUCAGUGACGUGCAUUACGACACGUUAAGAAUACAAAUCACCACAAAAAUCUUACCUACUGACAGCAAUAAAUACCGUAUAUUUAACUAGAAACUACAGCAGUUGCCAAAAUAAAGUAAACUGAUUAUGUGAUUAGCGGAAUAUUACAAAGACGAUGUGGGGGCCUAUUUUGAAUCAUGUUAUUACAGAUAUGAGCAUUAAAAACAAAUUAAGAAUCUUAGCAAUGUCGACUACAAUAAAAAUAUUUGAUUUAUAAAUUAUUAGCCUGUUAAAAUUCAAGAAUUACAUAUGUAAAGGUAUAAAAUUCUUUAUUUUUGCAAUGUUUCGGGGACUUUACUGCCAGUCUUCGGGCUUUCGUUAAUGUUGUUCGUAUAAUGCAUGAUUAUUGUAAAAGUAUAACAACAACAUUAACAAGACGGGCAGUAAAACUGCCCGAAACGUUGCAAAAAUAAAGAAUUUUAUAGCUUUGUAUGGUCCUUGAAUUUUAAUAAUAAUUUAAAUCAAAUUAUUAUGGAAAACAGUGAAAGUUUUAGAAAGAAAAAUCACAAUAAAAAUGUGUAUAAAUUGAAAAACGCUCAAACUGCGUAUGGGGUAAAUUCAUGUUCAUGCAUGUGAAUUUCGCGUUCGUAGGAACAACUCUCCAUUAAAUCACAGUUGAAAUAUACACUCAGAAAAACAGUGGAAGAUACAAAAAUAGGAAUUUAACCUUUAUAUGCGAAUGACUGUUCGUAACUGUGUACGUUUGGAAAGGUGCAUGAGCGGUGAAUAAUGAUAACCAAUGUCUAGUCAUGUCAUUCUGCACAAGAAAAAUAAAUGAAUGUGAGUCAUCGAGAUGACAACAUAUAUAACAAAGUUCUUUUGAACCGGCAAGACGAAUAGUGACAUUUGGUGAUAAUUAUUAAUAUGCAUAUAUGCAAAUGAUAUAAAAACAAAAAUCCAUUGAAAAUAUAUAAACAAUCUUUAUUAAGUACAACAAUUAUAAAGAGCAACAAAAAUGGAAAUUAGAGUAGGUGGGUUAAUAUAAGGAUAAUUAUAUCCGUUUAUAAAAACUUUGUAGUCUAUACACUAUUACUAUGCGGUUUUACAUUAUCAUUAAUUGAAAUGCAACAAGUUUUAAUAUAUUUUUAACAGACAAUGUGUAAGUGUGACCAAAUUUGGUACAGCCUAUUAACACGACUCGCCAUCGAAUUACAUGCAUGGCGAAUGUCUGCAGCCACAAAACACCCUUAACUAUUUCCUGCAAUGAGAUAUUUUCGAUCGAGAUAAACCCUAUUCUGCCAGAAAACAUUUAAAAUUUUGACAAAUAUAAUUUAGCUUUGUGGUCAGUUAACCUAGCAGUCCUCCAGUUAGUUAACUCAUAUUUUACCAUCUCAGCCUCAAAGAUGUGUCAGUAUGCCAGACGGCAUGAUCUAUUUGAGUCUUUAUAUCUGUGACAAAGAAACGCAUCAUGAUUGAAUUGAGAAAGAUUUGGCAGAGUAUGAGUCAUUAUAUAAUUUGUCUUAUAUAUAUAAAGCACACCAUCGUAAUUCUUCAUUUUUAAAUUAGUUACACUUUUCAAAAAAACAGGCAGCAUAUUAAAAGAAGAACUGAAAAUGAUUUCAAGAAAAUUGCCAUAUUGAUAGUUUAUUUCCAAUAAUGACGGUAUUAUUUUUUGAGACCAUACGUUUACGGGCAAUUUCAUUACAAAUCAUGAACCGUCAGGUUUAAACUUAAUGCAAAUAUAAUGAUUAUCAAAUUCUCAAAUCUAUUUUUGUUGGGAUAACUAAGUUACUUACCAACUUACUUAUGCUUACUUUCUUACUUAUUUUCAUACUUAUACUUACUAACUAACUAACUAACUAACUAACUAACUAACUAACUAACUAACUAACUAACUAACUAACUAACUAACUAACCAACUAAUUAACUAACUAACUUACUUACUUACUAACUUACUAACUAACUAACUAACUAACUAAGUAACUAACUAACUAACUAACUUACUAACUAACUAACUUACUAACUUACUAACUAACUAACUAACUAACUAACUAACUAACUAACUAACUAACUAACUUACUAACUAACUUACUAACUUACUAACUAACUAACUAACUAACUAACUAACUUAUUAACUUACUAACUUACUAACUUACUAACUUACUAACUUACUAACUAACUUAUUAACUUACUAACUUACUAACUUACUAACUUACUAACUAACUAACCAACUGACCAAACCACUAUUUUCUAACCUAGCUAGUAACAAUAUCUUUGGUAACUGCAAUAUUGAAAUAUAGAAAUUUUGAUAGGAAAGAUAAUACAAUUUGCAACAAAAGGAAAGGUUAUACGUUGCUAGGCACGAUUUACAAACAUGAGGAUUGCCGGAAAUUUUGUGUUCGUAUCACCGCUGUUUUAUUCGUUCGUGUGAGUACGGUAUUGCACUGUGAGGGCCAAGCAUGCACAUUUGAAAAAGUGGGAUGAGUGGGCGAUAGAUGUGGCGUACUAACUCACGACGUGAAAUCAACAUGCAAACUAUAUGAUUUUGAACGAAUGUUCAUAAUUUUGAAUAAGAACUGCCGAUAUAACGGCUCAACUUUGUACACGUGAUGUCCGCGUUGUGUCCAAACCGUCAUUUGGUAAAGCGAUCUAUUAAUAUACCACCUCCCCACCUAAAUAUUUCAUUGCCUACGUUUCCUUUGAUGGAAUUUUUAUGCCAUUUUUUAUCAUAGGGCAUUUAAUUAAUUAUUUUCGAAAAAAAUUUCUAUAUAGGAUCGGCCUCAAAACGUUGUUGAGGAUUGUCACGGAAUAGUUAAAUAUGAAAGCCUCAAAACUGUUGGCAUUCCAACAUGUUGACAUUAAUUCUUAUAUAAUUAUGCAAAAAAAAUAUUUGACGUCAGUGUAUCUUUCAUUCGCCUGGAUAUUUGAACUAUUUGACACGAUAUAUAUAUACGACCUCUACAGGUCACUGUAAUGACAAAGCAUAAAGAAGCGUUGAACAAUACUACCUUUCAUCUCGCUUAUAUUAGUUCCUUAGUUUCCGCCUACUCAAACAUACCUAUAUUUAUUGCUCUUCAUUCUAGUACAACAACAUAUACACGCAACAUGGCAUCAUUAUGGUUCACUCUCACGGUAAUCCUUUACAUUAUCUCCCAAAUCAUUGCUGUUCCACUACGAAUCGCACCACAAGGUGAAAAUAUGGAAAGUGGCCUGUCAGGACAGGGGUAAGCUUGCCAACUGCUUUUUGUCUGAACAAAGUGUUAGUCUCAAGUUAAAGUUUCUUUCAGAUUUUGAACUCUAACUUGACUAAGUAAACUGUUAAAAGAAGAUAAUUAUUAAAAUAUCUGUUAAGAAGAUACAUCUCGUUCUUUCUGGGAACUUUUUCAACCAUAUAAAUUACUUAAUAAACUACAUUGUAAGAAUGUUUUGAACUGCAAUAUGUCUCCUAUAAAAAGUAAAAUUAGAGUGGUUUACACAAUGUAUGAUAGUAUAAACGGCUUUUGUCUUGGCUGUACUGACCUGAGAAAGAUGACGAAAACUUAGACGAUUGACCAUAAGAGCACCAGCUUCCCAAACUAUCGAAACAUCGACGUUUUCCACUUUUCGUCACAUUUAGGAAGUUAGGAGCAAAAUGAAGACGAAAUACCAUUUUAUAGAGAAUUGGAAGAAAAUAACCUGAAUUUAACAGACUUGUAUGAAUUCGCCCGAAUAUUCAGCAUUUCUCCAAUUACCUUGGUUUUAUUGGUUUCUCAUAUUAGAUAAUUUCUUCUUCUAGAGUACAAAACAGACGAAUUCGACGAGAUUCAAAUCCACUUCCAGUUGGUUGUGAGAACGGAAAUGCUUUUGGUUUAGCAAACGUUCCUCAAUGUCAUGUCACAAAUGCAAAAUACAAUGCAGAAAGGAAGUUAUGCUUAGUAGAACUUCUCCACGGUAAGAUAUCACUGCAUUUUGCUUUAAACUUAGUUAAUGUUAGUGUUCAAAUUUAUUCCAUAUGGUUGCAACCUGGGGAGGGUCUUAAUGAUACACUGAGACAGCUAAUUUAAUAAGGCUUAUUUAAAUGGAAUGAACAGUGUUUGCGUGCAAUUUGGAGUGUAACUUGGAUUAAGCAUGCACAAGUGAUUGUGGAGUUUUUAAAGACGGUUCAAAUUGCCCGAGUACGAAGGACGUGUGGUAUUUGAAGUCUUUGAAAAACUCCCUAGACUUUACCUAUACUCAUUUGAAUGACUCAACUUAUGAUAUAAGGUUACAACUGCAUAUAUCAGAUGUCAAAACUUAAAUCAAGUGUCGUUUCUUUGGGUGCAUACUGUGCACACCCUUACUUUCUUGGCACUGAAUUUGGUAGCUACUUUUUUGGCAUAAUGUUGAUAGUGUUGGGCUUGGAGUCAAAAUCAAAGAGAAAUGGAUUCGUGCGCGAAACAUGAGAUAUUAUCGUUUUCUUUGUAUACGUAAUAGAGUGCAAUUUGGAAAACAUGCACGAAUGAGUUUUUCAUAGUUUUGAAGUUUUUGAAAAACUCACAAGUGUAUGUUUUUUCAAAUUGCACGAGAAACCAUACUAUUACUUAUUAAUAAUAUUCAUGAAAAAAUUAACACCAGCCAUUCUUUUACAAAAAAACGCCAGCCAUUCUUGUCACUCCUAAAUGUGUUUUUUUAUUAUUUCUCCUGGAAAUAACUAGAUCUUAUUGGCUAUCUUUGUUAUUGUUUCAUAUUUUAAGCCAAUCUGAAAGCCUAAACAGUCAAAGAAAUUUGCACUGUAUUUCUUUUUUUGCAUUGUAUUUCAUUUUUAAGCACUGUAUUUCAUUUUUUGGCACUGUAUUUCGAACAAAUUGCACUAGUAUUAGCCAAACAGAAUUAUAAAUUCGAUACCACUUAUUGCUUUAUAAAGAAAUAUGUAAAAUCUUCAUGUUUCGUGCACGAAGAUGCUUCUCUUUCAUCUUGACCGGCAACACAACACUUAACCUUACAUUAAUUCAUGUUAUAUUAAAAUUUAAAUUUGGUACCUUGAAUGAUCUAAACAACGCCCUAAUCUAAAGGGGUGUUUAUUAGUUAACGGGCGUCUACUAGAGAGAAGCGUUUCACACGGAAGAUUUAAGCCUCUUUGAACAACAUUUUCCAAUUAAUUAGCAGAGUAGACCAUUUAGCUUUCAUAGCCCAUACACUCCAUUACAUUAUCUACUAGACGCCCCUGUAGGGAGUGGGCGUUUUUAUUAGAUAGGGAGAGUUUAAUAGAAGGGGCUGGGUCUAUUACAGAUUAAAGUUCUUCCUUGAUUUGAACAUUUCUUAGGAAAAGAUUGCGGUGCCCAAACAAAGUUUAGCAUUGCUUCGUAUUCGCUGCGUGAGGUUGUUACUCUGUUAGUUUCUUAUAUAAACUCGAAUGGUCAGUGUCAGCGUAGUUGUAAUGAUAAUAACACCAGAUAGCUGCGGAUUGAGAGGGUUUUAACUACCUGAAAAGUACAAGUAAAACUUUAACGUUUCAAGCAAGGGCCCUCGCUCUAAACGUCGACGUUUUUCUUGUUAGUCUUGAUAUUUAUCCAAAAAUAGCAUGUCUUUGCGCUUGUGAUACACUUAUUCUGCGCAUGCUCCAGGGAACCGCACUGUCGUAAUACGUCUUGUUAAGGUAGAAAUGUGAUUAUGGAAAAACUUAUAUUUUGUGUCCUAUUUGCAGUCCCAGGAAUGCCAGACGGAAGUAAAGGGUAUAACUACCUCGCGAUCAACCACUUUCUGUACAAAAUUUACAAUGCAACAAAUCGUGUAGACAUCGUGAGAUGUCCAACAUCUACGCCGAAACCAGCAAAUUCGGGAACACAACCACAAACAAAACCUGCUACGACAAGUGUACCAAAAACAACACAGCCAAAACCAACAACAGCCGUAAAGAAAACGGACCUUGAUACAAAUACAUCAGGAAAUACGCCAUCAACGGCUGCAAAACAAGUUGUUGUUGCGACAUCGUAAACGACGCUAUCAAUCAAUGAAAGAAGUGAAGUUUAAACAGCUACGAAAUUUACAAAAGUUUGCUGCUGUAAAAGGAGUUUGCUGUCGAAUUCAACCUGGAUGAAUGACGGAACUGCAUUGGCCUCAAUUGCAAGUUUAAAUAUACGAAUGCAAUCUCGAAACGCUGGGCCCUGAACCAAUUAUUGAAAUUAACAUUAAUUUUCUUUCAAGUUAGAAGAAAAUAUGACUGAUAUUAGUAUAUCUAUUAUAUAUUAUACUCGUAUAUAAACAAUAAAAUAAGCCAUCUUAUAACAGGCUUAAAGUCGCCAAUUUAUAACAGGAAUUAAAUGAUAACUUAUUUUUGAUAUUAAAAUGACUUUGUAUUAUUUUUAAAUUUAUAUAUAUAUAUAUUGUAUAUUACACAAAUAUAUUUAUCACAUUAAACCGCAAUUAAGUUG